AUCCAGAGUGUGUUUGCAACAAGACCAGUGGCCAGUUCAGCAACUUCUGAAGAGUUCCCUAGGAAAAAGGAUGCUACACUCAGCUUUAACCCUCAGUGUCUUAUUCAUCACUGUUUCCUCCAACCUUGCCAGUGCAAUAAAAAAGGCAAGAAGACCACCUCAGACACUCUCACGAGGAUGGGGAGAUGAUAUCACUUGGGUACAGACUUAUGAAGAAGGUCUCUUUCAUGCUCAAAAAAGUAACAAGCCAUUGAUGGUUAUUCAUCACUUGGAGAAUUGUAAAUACAGCCAAGCACUGAAAAAAGUAUUUGCUCAAAAUGAGGAAGUACAAGAAAUGGCUCAGAAUAAUUUCAUUAUGCUGAAUCUCAUGCAUGAGACCAAUGAUAAGAAUUUGUCACCUGAUGGACAAUAUGUACCUAGAAUUAUGUUUGUAGAUCCCUCUUUGACAGUCAGAGCUGAUUUAAUUGGAAGAUAUGCAAACAGACUGUACACAUAUGAACCUCAGGAUUUACCAGAAUUGAUUGAAAACAUGAAGAAAGCACUAAGACUUAUUCAAUCGGAGUUAUAAGACAUGAUGG